CGCCGUCAACGAACACUGUACAAUGACUGCGGACCUUGGCUGUAGUUAUCGAUCUCUACUGACCUUCGACUUCUAGAGUUGGAAGGUCAACUGCCAAGCUCACAUUUCCAAGGGAUAUGAAAGAUGCGUUUUGUGAUAUCGUUCAGGAGACCAUAUCCUAUAUCGAAAAAUUCGACAGCCAAUUUGGCUCAUCUUCAUCAUGGACACAGGUCUAUGCCACGGAAGCUGAGUAUUACCUCAUUCAAGAGGUUCUCUUCGACAUGGCCUAUGAUGCUGAGUUGGGUAUUCUACCCCAAGUUGAAUCUGAUCUAUACGAUAUAUUUUCUCUUGCGUGGGCACGAGUCCACUUGUUGCCUACCACGCCAUCUGGGGCUUCGCGUGGGCGUAAAGUCGCUCCUCUGAGAAAAGAGAUGCAAGAUUUAUUUUUCAGUCGUGUAGCCGAUAAGCUUAAACAGAGACUAUGUUUGUUACCAUGUCACAUCGACCUGCAGUUCGUGGAUAACCCAAGGAGACUACUUGUAUGCAAGCUGAGCACAGCGUUGCGUCUACGUGAUAUGCAAUCAAAAUUUAUCGAGACAAUUUCCCUCAUUUGUUCAGUUGCAUCUAAACUCUUUAGUGAUGUCAGGAACAGAGUACAGUCGAAGGCUAACCUCCACGUGGCAAGUGUUCUUGUAGAAGAAGCAAAAUGUCUGUUGGCUCAAGCAACUAAUUUGAGAUAUCGUAUUACUCUUAAUGCCCGCAAACCUUGUACUCACCUCAAUCAACUGGUACAAUCCAGAAUUACGUUGUGCUCUGAACUACGACAACUUCGUACCGAAGUUGACGGGCUGGAGCGUACUCUUGACGCCUACCGCAGUCAAGAUUCCCAAUACCAUGAUAUGGUUAGUCGCUACAGAGAAUGCCAACGGCAGAUUGAAGUGCGGAAAGGCGUACUGGAACAAAAAGACGCGUCUUCCCACUCGUCGUUCCAUCCCACUCGUCCACGAAACCGCCGGUCUCUUAGUCUUAAUUCGCUUCCCAACGCGAUGAAUCGCUUUUAGUCGUUCUGAUUUCAGUUCCAUUUAAAUAAAUUAUGUACAUCUACUCGAGCUUCGUCGUUGCCCCGCAUGAUUCUAACCAAAGAAUUCUUUGUGUCCAUAGCUCAUUGUAUUAUACUUUACGAUUUACUUGCUGUUUUGUUUGCACGUCUACUGAAUACUUUUCUACCCGGAACAUUUAUGUUUUGUUAUUCGUUUUCUACGCCGAAUAAACCAUCUUCAGCGUUCCA